CAUCGACGAGAGACCAAACAAAAUCUAGGGUUAGGCGAUUCAGGAAGAACAAUGUCUAGCUUAGAAAAUCCAAGCUCGUCGUCGGUUUCUGGCGGAGGCAACUGGAGACAUCGUGGUGGAAAUCGGCAGAGAGGAAUGCCAAAAGCGUGUCGAUGUGGUGAAGAGGCAGUGAUUAGAACAUCUGGAACUGUUAAAAACCCUGGGAGGCUCUUCCAUUGUUGCCCAUACGGAUCAGAAGAGGACAAGUAUCAUCUUUUCAAAUGGACAGACGAGAGUAUGGUGGAAGAGAUUAAAGAUUUGAUUGUUAUGUUAAGUGAUGUAAAAGGAGACAUAACAAACUUAAGAGGUGAAGUAGUUGGACUUGAGAAGGAGCUUGAAGAAAUGAAGAAAGCGAUUGCCAAGCAGGAGAGAGAUAGGAUUGACUGCAUCAAUGAGGUAAAGUCGAUGAAGAAUGUAAUGGUGUUUGGUUUUGGCAUUGCCAUCGUUUGCUAUUACUUUUUCGGUUAAGAAUGAUUUGUAGUGAAAUAUCAUGUGUUAUAUUUGAAUUUGAAAGACUUCUUCGGAGUAUGUUGUAAGAUUUGGAUUUGAAUGUAUGUUUUGGUGAACUAAGUUGUAAGA